ACACACACACACACACAAACACACUAGUUUCUGAUGGAAAGAACUCAAACUGAGUAAGAAAUUGUUGUUGUUUCACUAUCAACAUUCUGAACGGCUUCUAAAGUUAUACGAUGAAUGAUGCAAAAGGGUCCUGAUGCAAAGGAUGGUGAAGUAUGCAUUGAAGAUAGGAUCAGUGGACUUUCGGAUGAAAUUCUUGGCCACAUUCUUUCCUAUGUUUCAACAAGAGAUGCUGUAACCUGUAAGGACCAGUGCUUUGUCACACAGAUGGACAGAUGUGUGGACUUCUGUUCCCAAUUUAGACCUAUAUGUAACUUCAGAAGAUGAAGGUGGCUCUGUGGGCGUUGUGGAUCGGGUGCUUCUCUUUCAUGGUUCCUCCAACAUUCAUAAGUUACGUAUUAAAUGUCAUGGACGGCUGCAGGAAUAUAUUUCUUGUCUUGAAGCUUGGAUUAGUGCUGCCUGUAGGCGUAAUGUUGUUGAACUUGAACUUGAUCUCAGUGUGUACGGUGCUAAAAAGACCGAGUGCAAGUUGUCUAGUAGCAUUUUGAUGUGUAAGAAGUUGGUGGUUCUGAAGCUGCACCUGAAGUUUACUUCUAUAACCAUUACCCCUUCGUCUAAUUGCUUCCCAUGUCUCAGGUUUCUCCUUGUUAAAGUCUUUCAUCCAAAGUCUCACUUAAUGGGUAGUCUCUUUUCGUGUUGUCCUGUUCUCGAAGAUUUGGUUAUAGAUAUUGAACAUGGGGAAGUCUUGUGUUUUAAUGUGUCCGCACCCAAACUCAAGAGACUACAAAUAACGUUGGUAAUACACUAUGUCCUCUUUUAUUUCCUCGUGCGUGGAAGUAGUUCCAAAAUUUUUAUCAAUGCUCCAAAUUUUGAAGAGCUUGAUCUUCAUGGGAAUUUUUUUUGUGUCCUAUUCUUUGAACAAUGUAAAAUCGUUAAGCAAAGUCAACAUUGAUGUGAGGCCAAACCCAGCAAAGAGUAUUCAUGCGGUUCAUCUGCAUUCAUACCUUGAGUUUGUCGUUCGUUCUGCUGAUGCUGGCCUAAUACACAAGCUUUUUACGGUCGUUCAGACGGUUGAAUAUCUGUCACUUUCAGCUCCGAUUUAUGGGGAUCCUAGAACGCUGAAGGAAUAUGAUCUACCUAGAUCUUAUAAUUUGAAACACUUGGACCUGCUUCUUGAAGCCUGCUGCUCUUGGGAAUUCCUGACAAAGUUGCUGAGUUUGUCACCCAAUCUGGAAUGUCUUGUCUUGGAAUGUAACAUUAAAUGUUCUCUGGAACACUCGGAGGAUCACCUAGUUCACCAAUGGUGCCUGCCGGAUUGUGUGCCUAUUUGUCUGUUAUGCCUCAAGACCAUUUGCAUCCGGGGUUUUCAGGGGAGGCCAGAUGAGAUAGAAAUGGUGGAAUACUUUUUGAAGCAUGGUGAGGUUUUGAGUAAUGUCACAAUUCAUGAUAGCACUAUUUGUGCAGGAAGUUCAAUGCGGGUACUUUCAAUGCUUCCAAGGGCUUCAAAAUCCUGUCAAUUGAAGUUCCAAAAGUGA